UAGUUUGAAUAAUUUCAUGCUAUAUUCAUUCAUUUCAAACACCUCAUUCUAGUAUAUUUAUUCUAUUCAUUCAUUCAUUCAAACAUCACUUUCUCUUCUACAAAAGCCAUUGACAAACACUAGGCUGAUCUCCAAUUUAACAACAAAUCCCAACAAAUUAAUCCACUGAAAUUUCUCAUCAUUAUUAUUACAGUGAUAAUAAUAUGGAAAUUAUGCAACACUCUUCCUCUUUUCUUCUUCCACCAAUUCCGGGUUCUUCGCUAAAAUACGCCAUGGUAAUUCUUAACCAGCGUCUCCCUCGUUUUGCCCCACUUAUUUGGGACCAUGCAAAAUUAAGAAUUUGUGCAGAUGGAGGAGCUAAUCGUUUAUUUGAUGAAAUUCCCCAAUUUUUCCCUCUUGAAAAUCCCAUUGAUGUUCGCAAAAGGUAUAUGCCAGAUUUAAUUAAAGGUGACAUGGACUCCGUCAGAGCAGAGAUUCUGGAUUUUUAUACAAAUCUGGGGUGUGAUGCAAUAAAUGAAUCUCAUGACCAAGAUACCACAGACCUUCACAAGUGUAUAUCACAUCUCAGUAAUCUGACUCCAGAAUCUGAGAAAUCAGAUCUAUGCAUUCUUGUAACCGGAGCACUUGGUGGACGCUUUGAUCAUGAAGCUGGGAACAUUAAUGUUCUUUAUCGAUUCUCUAACUUGAGAAUAAUCCUUCUUUCAGAUGACUGCUUGAUCCAACUUCUCCCUAAAACUCAUCAUCAUGAGAUCCAUAUUCAGCCUUCUGUUGUUGGGCCGCAUUGUGGAUUAUUACCAAUUGGAGUGCCUGCUUUUCAUACCACAACCUCUGGCUUAAAAUGGAACCUCAAUGACACGGAGAUGAUGUUUGGCGGCUUGUUAAGUACAUCAAACAUAGUGACUGGAGAUAUAGUAUCAGUUCGUUCUGAUGCAGAUCUAAUAUGGACAAUUUCCAUUAAAAAGUGACACGAGUCUCAUGUUUAUGCAGUCUUAAGAGAACAUUGUAUACCGCCAUUUCAUUGAUUUUGGAAAACAAUAAAGGUGUCAAGAAAGCUUUACACAUUAGAUUGUGUAGUUAAGCCAUAAUCGUUACUCAAGUAUAAUUAUAUUCUAGUUUA